AUACAAAGGCGCCAAUUGCCCUGCUUGACAUAACAACACAGCUAAAAGGCGCGGGAAAGACAGAGAGAAUGGAAGGACAGCAGGAAUGGGGGGGCGGCGACGGCGGCGGCGCUGAAUCUGUGCUUAGUCUCGGACCAGGCUCCUCCAUCUCCAUCCGUUACCAUCCCCUUUUCGGAGUCCAUGACGAUCUCCUUCUCCUCGAGGCCGAUGAAGCCCUCCUCCCUGAUAUCCUCAACAACAGAGUUUCUAUCCGAGGAGACAAGGAUGAGGAUGCUGUGCUUUGCACUCCUUCAGCAACUUACAUCAUGAAAUUCGUAGGCACAUCCAAUUCUGUGUAUUUAAUACCCCCAGGGAAGCCUAAUCAUAAAGAUACAUUCAGUGACAGUGAACCUAAUACUUCAGCAAUACAAGAAGCUGUGUCAUCGGUGUUAAAAGUGGCACCAAACAUCAUGGAGUUGGUUCUAGUUGCCCCACGACUAGACAAACUGAAAGCCCUCCUUAAUGAGAAGCAUUACACACUUAACGAGGAUUUGGAAGUCGAAUCCCUGUCUAACCAUGGCCUAUAUAAAUGGCAAGACCUCCUUGAGCAGAUUCAGGCUAGCGAACAAGAGCUGAGGGAUGGAUUGAAGUCCCUCUCAGCUGUAGAGAUAGAUGGAUUCUGGAGGAUCAUUGAUGAGAAGACCAUGGAAGAAAUGCUAUACAUGCUCUUAAACAACUCGAUCUUGCAUGAGUGGCAGCUAAAUGCACUCAAGGAAGAUGAGGUAAUCUCGGUCAUGGAAGCCGAUGGAUAUCCUAGCAGAAUUACCCGGCAUUGCCUUGACACAUUUGGAUCUAUGACAGAAAGCAGCUCAGGUAGCAAACUAUGGAGCUUAGAUGAGAAAAGGGUCUGUGUGUGUUUUGCCUUGAAAACUUUAAAAGAAGGAAUGAUGAAGUUGGAAAGUUUCUUACACAAAUGGAAGCAUGGUAUUCCUCCCGCGAUGUGCACCGACUUGAAGAUGCUCGAGGGUGAAGUGUUAUUCGAAAAGCUCGGCAUUGAAACUUGGAUCCGUGCUUUCAGAGUCUCAGCUCUUCCAUCAUCCCCUGCUGAACGCUUUGCAUCUCUCUUUAAGGAGAGGCCAAAAUGGGAAUGGAAAGAUUUGGAGCCAUACAUCAGGGAUUUGAGGGUGCCAGGUCUUUCUUCAGAAGGCUUGCUGAUCAAGUACACAAGAAGAACACAGCCAAGUGCAGAAGUUGAACCCAUUUUCAGUGCAAAGUAAAUUCAAGGCUUUGGUAUUAAACUUUCUUCUUCUUCCUACUGUUAACGUCUUUGUGGCACAGAAUGUUGUUAGGGAUGAGAUUAUGAGAAUUUGCUUUAUUAGUGUUUAUCAUGUGGGAAGUGGAUUUUAUCAUUCGCAUCA